AUGCACCCUGGGAAUUCUCUUGCGUCAUUGAAGUCACUGCAAUCAGCUGCAAUGGUGGGUAAACUCUGUUGUGUUCCAUGUGGAUGUCAGUUUAUGAACCGUCUUCCGAGCAUCUUUUAAUACUUUAUCUUUAUUCUUUCGCUUUUUCUUAGACAACUCUUAUACUAGCAGGACUUGGUGUAGCCGGAGCGGCAGUUGCAGGUUCUUUUUCCUGAUAAAUUUGUCUCUACAUAACCUUAUUGAAGUGAUAUAUUUUUUCACGUGUUUAUGUAAUAUGCUGACAGUGCAUAGAGUUCUACGUCCUGACACAAACCUUGCGGAUUCCUUAUUUUCUUGUGUAGGUCGCUAUGCCUUGAUAGCAUUCAGAAAGGUUAACUUGAACCAGAUACCAAAGAUUAUUCCCAAAAUACCGGUAAGUCCCUUGCACUAAGAAAUAAAUCCAGUCUUGAGUUUAUACUCACUCUAAAUUCGAGAUAGCUCCGAAUCUCUCUUUUUAAGGAAAAGAUUUCUUUUUUUACGAGAAAAUGUAAAAAAAGUCAGCGGAUGAGAAUUUUUUGUAUGAAUUUACGAGAACAACAUCUUAUUUUAUGAUUUGUUUUAAAUUUUUGUCUUGGCAUAAGAAAUCUUGAAUUUAAAGAAUUUAGAGUGACUGUCAUCUGAAUGAUGAAUAUUUGAAUUUUAUAAGCUUAUAUUGGAACCGGAGAAUGAAGAAAAAAAUGUAAAGAAGAUCAUCACAAUCAAAGACACAGCUCUUGAAUUUUUUAGGCUAUCUUUUCUCAACUGCAUGAGUUGCGUCUUUAACUGCGAUGAUCUUCUUCGCGUGUAUUUCUUCAUUCCAUAGUUCCAAUAUAUGAAAUUCAUGUAAUAUUCAUCGUUACAUCUUCAUCUUUCCUGGGUAUAUUAUGAACCAGUUUAAUGACCAGCUCCUAGUUGGCUUGCUGGGCCGUCUUAGCUGUGCUCAUGAUCGAGAUACUCAUAGCAUAAAAUGUAUAUACACAACCUACAAGACUGAUAGAAAUUAUUGGCAGUGAGUGUUGACACUUCUUCAGCAAAUGGACAGCGAACACGAGUAUGAAAACCUUGUUCCCUGGGUUCCCUUAUGAGGUAGCGAGUAAAUGUACUUCUGAAACAGCCGAAAGUACUCUUCAGUGACAACAACAAAAAUGCGUUUUCAUAUUGAACUGGAGUGAGUGACUCAUUUGCAAAUCUCAAGCCACACCAAUACAUGAAACUUGUGAAAUGCCCUUUGGGCAUCCAUGAGUUUGAGAAGGCAUUCAGGAGUUAUGUUCCUUUACUGUAGGACUUUCCACAAUCAGGUUUUAGUCCAAUGGGGCAUUUUUUAGGUUUAAGUGUCUGUCUCGUUCACAUUAAAAAUGGGUUGAGUUAGUCUACAAAUCUGAUUUAAGCAAAUCAGAAACUUGGUAACAGGUUUUUCAAAAGAAUGUCACAAAAUGAUGUUUUACUUUUGUUUUUGUAAAUAGGAAUUCAGCCAUUAUUACAGGGGCGGAUUUGAACCUAAGAUGACGAAAAGAGAAGCUGGUUUAAUUCUUGGAAUCAGGUAUGUUAUGAUUUAUAUCCAUCAAGUUUAGUCCAGAGUUUCUAUGGCCUAAUGCAUUUUCUUCAAUGACAUUAUUAAGACUAGGAGAUUUGCAAGGUAAAAUUUAUAGAGAUUAAAGGAAACCUUGUUAUUUUAUGGUAAAUUAGUGUAGGCCAACCCCAUUUAGUAUUCAACCAAGUCAGUGGUAAGGGUUUUCCAAUGGAAAGCCUUUAUAACUAUGACUAUCUUGAUUGAAACAUGAUUGUGAGUGAGUGUAGUACUGUUGUUUCCACACUUCUUGUAAUGAAGUAAAGUGAAAUUUAAUACAGUUAACAACAAGGAGUGCAGUCGCGUGUUGUCAGUUAGCGGUCAGUGUGGUGGCUCAAGCUUAGGCAGCCUUGCUUGCAUCAUCUGCAAGUGCUUAGUACAGUGUUUCCUGGUGGCCACUAUCUUUGCUUAGCUCCCCCCUUUAUUUUUCCACUGUUAAAUCAGUGUGACAGGUGCCUUGUUCCAUUGAUGUUGGGGGGCUCAUGGCUGGAAUGCGUGGGUUUACCAGCCAUAUUGCGGUCGUGGGUCUAGGGGCUGGCUUUGCCAAAAGUGGAAGCCCCUGGACAUCCCAUGCACCCACCUCCAUAAAGCGAUGUAGUUGUUACUCAAGGUUUUUAACUUCGAUUGCCUAGCAUUUUCCUUCAAGACUAUUGUCAGAGAAAGUAGCUCAACCAUGUGAAUGAGAUGAUGCAUUGAAAUCCCUAGUGUUUUGACCAGACUGUGAAUUAAUGACCUUCAAUCAUGAAAUGUGAAAAUACUGAGAAAACUCAACCUUAAUUGAUGUUGAAAAGAAAUGGACUUUUUUGAUUGUAUAAUCCUCCAAAAAAUUUGAUAAAUAUGCAGUAAAUUGUAUUUCGUACAUUAUUUAGCGCAAUUUUUCUAGGUACAUUUCAUUGUAUCCUCAUUCGCUUAAAUGAGUACAUGCUUCUUCACAAAAUGUCAAAGAAUCUGAACUUGAUUUUUUCCUUGUAAAAGUACUUUACAAUACCUUUAACACCAAAAGUUUUUCUGCUUUCUUUUCAAGUCCUUCCGCUAACAAAGUUAAAAUUAGAGAGGCUCACAGAAGAGUUAUGCUCAUAAAUCAUCCAGACAGAGGUGGGUUGAACAGUUCUUUAAGGGCUGAAUCUUUUUGAUCUGGUACAAUGUAGCUAGCCUAAAUUGCGCAUCUAUCACAGAUAUACAGUUGCUGGGUCAUAAUAUUAUUAUGUCUACAGCAAUAGCCCUCAAGCAUAUGUACAUCAUGUGAACAGAUUUCACCAUCAAGCAUCAUAAAUGUUGUAGUUAGUUUUUUAUGUCAGGUAAUUUUUGUUUUUCUUUUGUUUUUGGGUGUGGAAAUGUGUGCCAGUGAAGUUGAAACAAAGGGAAAACAAUUAUCUGAGAUAAGAAACUGAUUACAGCAAAAACAAAACUCUGUGCAUCAGUACUAUUUCUUCAUGGAUAUUCUUUUCAACUGUACUGCCUUUGGAAUUCAUCUGUGUAGGACUUAGUGAAUGUAAAACUCCAAGCCAGGCUUGGUGGUGAUAUUUGCUUGUCUGAAAUGAUCAUGCAUGAAGGCUAUUUCUCGUAAAAUUGUAGGAUUCCUCAAUAGGCAGUCCAACAUGGUUUAUUUUAGAUUCUGUUAGGAGUCUGGCAGACUUGUAUCAAUAAUAUUUAACAAUUUGUGGAUGAGGCUAAGUAUCAUCAGCAUCUGAAGAAUUAUGGAGAUCAAGGAGCUUGUUAAUUGGCUGAGGCAGACAACACCCUCCAAGAUCUCCUUAAUUCUUCAGAUGAUAAGAAAACCGAAUUCAAUAGUUGUUUUAUCGUUCAUUUCAAAAAUAAUUCCCAGUUUAAAAACAAGCUAAAACAUGCUUACCUCCAUCGAUGUUGUGUUGAUCUUUGAUAGUGCAUGUUUAUUGGCAAGUUUAGGAGAUAAAGAGAUGUUGAGCUCUGCAGUUAUUCUCUAAAUAGCAGAUGUCGUUUGUCAAGUUGUAUUCUUGCUGUUCUUGUUUUGUGGUAGCCAAUAGCUCGCCUAUUUCUUCCUCGCAAAAAGAAUAAAAAGUUUGUAUUCACUACCAAAACAACUCAACUUCGUCCCCAGGUCUUCUUGGUUAACUGUCCAGUUUUGUGGCUAUUAUGCUGUAGAAUUGACGUCAUUUUUGAAAUUUAUGACACAAACUUCUUCCAAAUUUGGUCAACAGUAUAGCUGGUUAUGAUGAAUUAUCCCUGGGAUUUUAGCCAGUCGGAAAUGAAGAAAUAUUUUGAAUGAAUAACAAUCAACUUUAUCAUGACACUGAAUAUCAAAUUUCAUUUCCACGGCUUCCUGCAUAGCUCUGGGUUUAAGGAAUUGGAGGACAAUUGAAGGAAGUGUGCAGUGCCUGUUUUUGAGUUCUAGGUUAACUUCAAAUCCAUAUAACUUUCGAUACAUUUUUCUGACAGGCACUUUCCAAUUUUUCAGAAAAUUGUCACUUUAUCACCUGCCUGUUGCCAAGUGACUUUGCAGUCCAUGUUUCUCACCCCAGUUAUUUUUUGUUGCAUUUCGCAGGUGGGUCUCCUUUUCUUGCUGCAAAAAUAAAUGAAGCUAAAGAUAUCCUGGAUGGAAACGGCAAAUAAUAUUGUCCAGAAGCGUUGUUAAGCAGGGCUGUCAGAUGGUGAAAUGAAAACAAGCAGCAAUUGCUAGUGUAGAUCCAGUGGAUUUUUAAUCAUUUUCUCCUGGACUUGAAGAGUCUGCUCUCGCACUGCUGUGUUAUAUUGACAUUAUUUUUGACCUAUGCACUGUCAUGAAAUAAUAUUUGAACUGCUCUUUUGGUGAAGACAAUGAAAGGGUUUAUAAUGUUUAUCGGGCCCUAGUUUUUCAAAAGGUGGAUAGCGCUAUCCACUGGAUAGGGCAAUUGGUUCCCCUAAUACUUAUCCACUGGAUAGCGAUUUAUCCAGUGGAAUACGAUAUCCACCUUUUGAAUGGACCCAAAAAUGUACAUUUAAGAAGCCAGAAUAAUAAUUUUAAUAGUGCACUUAAUAACUUGGCAUGAGUUCACAGCACUUUGUGGUGGUACAUGUAAUAAACUAUUCAACAAAGUCCUAGGGAGAUCACUAAGAGCCUGCUGCCGGCUAAUUUCACUGGCUGCCAGAGAGUUUACCACAGGGUCAAACUGCUCUGGAAAACAAAUAUAUGGGGUAAUUUUGAAGUUGCAGUUGAGCAAAAGAGCCUGCUUGACUAAUCAAAAAAGCGUCCUUAGCUUCAUCCCUGUAGUCUCGUAUGGUGAUCUUCCUUUACUCAUAAUAACUAUAGUUUCCUGCCACCUAUCAAUAGGAUCAUUAAGAUCUGACGAUGGAGAUGGCAACAAGAACGUCUAAAAAACUAUUCUGUGUUCUCACUCACGUGGCCAGCAUCUAUGCAGAUUUAUUGGAACAAAAGAAAGCGUUUGCACAAGAAAAGAGUUUAACUCCCACAGGACUGGUUUGGGACACAAACAUGGCCCCCGUUUCAUUGUUUUGAGACACAAAUAUGGCCGCCAUGACGUUAUGUGAAAACACAUAAUACGUUUAGAUUAGCAAAACAACGACUUUGCUGGUGCACUUUUUUUGUACAUUUCUUUGCUGUCACUGCCCAAGUACGGCGUGAAAAUGCCUAAUUUCACGUUUCAUAGAAGAAGUAAACAAUUCACGGAGAAAUUUUCCUUCUGUUGCUGAACUUGGAUAUGGUUGGGAAAGUUCGCCUAUACUGACAUGACAUUAUGUCCUUGCCAGUUUUUGUGAAAUGUAUAGUAUGUGCUAAGAUUUGUGCAAACAAUGCUUCAUGUGCUGGAUAAAGCAUGCAUCGUACGUGAUAUGCACGGGUACUUUCCAUAAGCAAGCAAAUUUUGAGGCGUUGAAAUAAAAACACAUUGUUCCUUGUGCAUUGUUAAGUUAAAGAAGCAUGCAACAGUUUUCGAGAAGGUAUGAAAAUACACCUUUUUUAUUUCAGAUUACACUUCUUACAUCUCCUAAACAAUUCCCCUUUGCUUAUUUAACUCUCUAAUUUCACUCCAAUACAUAUGAAAUAUGUAAGAGCAGAAAACGUUGAAACAGUCUAGGAGUUAUCAUAACAAUUUAACUUGACCCACUUCUGUUUUACUGAAAUUUCAAGGCAUUCAAAUUCUAUUAAGUCUACGGAUCGCCAAGCUGAAUCGGGCGACGUUUUCUAGCGCAGUCCCCGACACUUUGUUUUUAAUCAAACUCAUUUUAUGCCUUUCGUGAUCUGGAAAAAAAAUUGUUGAUGUGGAGGAUAUCGACACAUAUAAUUGAUAUAAAGAGUAUAUUUUAAUCAAUAAAAUAGGUUAUAGUCCCCAUGAAAUUAACUGUUCCCUACUAGUUCCUUAUAAGUAAAAGGAUCUUUCCUUCGGCUGGUCUUUUUUGUUUGACACGGAAGGUGAAGGUGUACGCAUGGGAAGGGAAGUUAGACCGCCGAAAGUGCUCCAAACUAGGGGGUUCUGGGGGCAUGCUCCCACUGAAGAUUUUUUAAAUUUAGGGGCUUGGAAAUGUCAUUUCUUGAGUUUUCCGCCGGACAUUUUCAUCAAAUAAGCACGAUUUAAUCAUAGUUAAUUGAGUGGAAUGGUUAUGAAACCCGUCAGACUCCUUUGUUAUAUGUUUUUGUGGACCUGAAAGUGCACAACGUGCAAAAGAAUUCCUAUCAUUUUGAUUGUAUUGACCAAUAAAAACGUUGCAUUAAUUUAUUCCGUAACAAUUUGCCAACAGAAAACAAAGGAUUGUGCACUUUCACGGUACUUCCAACAUAAACUGCAGCACUGUUGUUUUUAUCAUUGAUGUUUGCCGCUUUUCAUAACCAGUCUCCUCUAAUAACUA